CUCUCUAAAAAUUUGGAAUUCCAUUGGCCGUUGGAUUUCAAUCAAUCUUGUAACUUCGACGGUCGCCUUUCUCCCUCACCCUUCUUCCUCCGCGAGGGAGAGAGAGGGAGAGAGAGAGGAGGGGGGAGGAGAAAAAGAAGAACGCAAAGAAAAGAACCUCUUUUGAGAGAGAGAGGUUGUUUGGUAUUUGGGAAUCAACCGAUCGAUCUUUGCGCCUCUCUCAUUCUCUCUCAGUUGUUUUUGUUGUCAAAUUAUUUCAGCUUCGUCUUCUGCAAGUCCACGAAAUAAAAAGAAGAAGAAGACGAAGAAGAAGAAGAAAAAGAAAAAGAAGAAGGAGAAGAAAAAGAAGAGGACCCAUUAGUUUUUCUGAGAAAUUGGGUUGAUUUUUGCGUUGUGUUUUUGUUGGGUGCGUGCGUGAAUCAAUGGAGUUGGAAAGCAUUGAGUGUGUAUCUUCAUUGGAAGGAAUGGAUGAGCAAGAGAUCCAUCAUCAUCACCAUCAUGUUCAUCAUCUCCAUCAUCAUCAGUUCGCGUCGAAGCCGCCGCACAACAAUGGUGUGGUCCCCAACGCGAUUACUCCGGCCACCAGCGUCCACGAGUUGCUUGAAUGCCCUGUGUGCACCAAUUCUAUGUACCCCCCAAUCCAUCAGUGCCACAACGGGCAUACAUUGUGCUCUACUUGUAAAACAAGGGUGCACAACCGGUGCCCCACUUGUAGACAGGAGCUUGGAGACAUUAGGUGCUUAGCGCUAGAGAAAGUGGCCGAGUCACUCGAAUUGCCGUGCAAGUAUUACUCCUUGGGCUGUCCAGAGAUAUUUCCCUAUUAUAGCAAACUCAAACAUGAGGCACAGUGCAACUUCAGGCCAUACAAUUGCCCAUAUGCUGGAUCUGAGUGCUCUGUUGGUGGUGAUAUUCCCUUCCUGGUUUCCCAUCUUAGGGAUGAUCACAAGGUGGACAUGCACACUGGAUGUACAUUUAACCAUCGUUAUGUAAAAUCCAAUCCGCGAGAAGUUGAAAAUGCAACCUGGAUGCUAACGGUCUUCCACUGUUUUGGUCAAUAUUUCUGCCUUCACUUCGAGGCAUUCCAGCUUGGAAUGGCCCCUGUGUACAUGGCAUUCCUUCGUUUCAUGGGUGAUGAGACGGAGGCCCGAAAUUACAGCUACAGCCUGGAGGUUGGGGCUAAUGGCCGAAAACUCGUAUGGGAAGGUACUCCACGGAGCAUUCGGGAUAGUCACCGGAAGGUUAGGGACAGCCAUGAUGGUCUUAUUAUCCAACGAAACAUGGCUCUUUUCUUUUCGGGUGGGGAUAGGAAGGAAUUGAAGUUGAGAGUUACCGGGAGAAUAUGGAAGGAACAACAAAACCCAGAUGCUGGGGUGUGCAUUCCGAACCUAUGUAGCUGAGGCAGGUAUUUUUGAUACCCCUUUUCAUGGUUUAUGCGAGUUUAGGUCAACCACUGUUUUUUGUUAAAUGUGUACCAACUUCUUGUGAAAUGUUGUAAUUGAAUGGGCAUUGGGAACAGUCAAAAGUGUAUACACUGUAAAAUAAGCAGCUUUUCGUCUGUGUUCUUCUGAUUGGUAAUAACAUUUGCAAGUAUAGGAAUUUCUA